AAGCUCUAUACCUGUAGCACAAAGCGUCCCACUUUCUCACAGUGGAACUAUUUUGCUUCUUCAGUGCUAAGAAGGAUCAUCAACAGACCUCCCAGAUCGACAUCGACAUGGUUUCUGACAGUGACGAGGAGCCAGUGAUUUACUUCUCGGAGCCUCAGGAUGUGAUGCUGGCUCUGGACAAGCUGAUGGAGGAGAACCUGUUCCAUAUCCAGAACUUCCAGAACUCGGAGGAGGACAUGAACCGGGUCCACAAGGUUCUGCACCAGACCAGGACCAAACUGACGACGGUCAUGGAGACCGGCAGCGAGAACAUCGAGAAGCUGAAGGUCGACAUCAAGGUCGCCCAAGAGAUUGCCUCCGAACUGGAGCUCAAGUCCAAGCUGUUCUCUUACGGAGAAUACAACGUCAACCAGGAUAAGAUGAUUAAGCAGCUCCACGACCAGGUGAAGACGGUGUAUGAGAGGUGUGUGGAGGAGGUGGAGUCGAGCGCGCUCUCCAUGAUCGCCUGCAUCGAGCAGAAAGUGGAGGAGAUCAUGCAGCUGAUCGAGGAGCUCCCGCCCGGGAUGUUCGAAGCGAUCGAGCGCACGCGCGAGACCGAGAGGCGGGCCAAGAUGCUGCUGGAGAAACAGCUGACGGAGAAGCAGCGGCAGAUGGAGAGACGGAGACUCGCGGCGGAGCGAGCUGCUUCCGACAUCAAACGCAUGACAAGCCGAAGGUUGGUGUACCGUUCCCAGCCUCCAAAGAUGAAGAAGAAGGACUCAAGGCGGCUGCUGGUGAAGUUGACACAGGAGCAGCUAGAUGCUGAAUACUACUUCACCUGACCACAGACCUGCUGCCUGUC